AUGACAAUGGCAUCAUGGAAUUUAGGUGCAUAUCAGAAGACACCAGGACUUCAUGUAACAUGCAGAAAGAAAGAAAGAGACAGAGAUCAUUCCUACCCUUAUAAAGUGAUUGAAAUUACACCUCCUCCGAAGAAUCUUGGUAUCCGUUGCUUUCCCCAUAAUCUGCAGUGUGGAGAAAGCGUGACUAUCGAAGGACAAGCAUAUACAAUUUCAGCUGUAACUCAUCGAUACCAGCUUCGGAAGGGGAAGUAUGAACCUAGCGAGAAGAGACUUGAUGUUUUGUCGACAGGGAGAUACAUCCUGAACUUACAUUUAGAAAACUUGCUAGAACAAUCUUGA